CCAUUUGUUAUUUUUUUUUUUUUUUAAUUAGGCUCGUUCCCGCUAAAUUUGUUCCUUCCGCUGAGGCAUGGAUUUAUUUUAAAUCUAAAUAUCAAAAUGGCUUCUGGCCUUUAACUAGUAGUUGCCUUAAAUCAAUUGAAGUGGAUAGAUCAUCAUGACCAAGAUACAUACGAUAUCAGACUUGACAUUCUUGAAACCAAGAACACUCUAUAGUUGGUUUAAAGGUGGUUCACCCACUGGAAAUGGGAAAUUCGCUGUGGUAGAUGUGAGAGAUUCGGACUUUUAUGGAGGUCAUAUCAAAGGUUGUUAUCAUUAUCCUGCUGGGAAUUUCAUGUAUGCCUUGCCUGAUUUACAAGAGAAAUUAUUCACGAAUCAGAUUGAUGAUGUGGUGUUCCAUUGUGCGUUGUCCCAAGUUAGAGGUCCAAGUUCUACUAUUCGAUUCAUAAAUUCUUUAAAUGAUAUCAAAGAUCCUGAAAGACAGAAAUAUUUUUCAAAUUUAAAUGUAUGGGUUCUAAGAGGUGGAUUCACGAAAUGGCAAGAAGAAUAUGGUGAAGAUUCAGAAGUUACUGAAGGUUAUAAUAAAGAAUUAUGGCAAGGGGAAUACUAGACACGACAAUUUGAUAUAUGAUAUAUAAUAUUUAUUUUUAAUGGCAAUGAUCUAAUAUUUUUACUUUUAUUUUAGAAAUGACAAUGAAAUAUUUAAUAUAGAUAU